AUGUCCGCCGGGUUGUCAUCCCUGCUGAAGUCCGAGCCCGUUGACAUGCUCGUCACCGCGCUGACCGACUAUGCCACCCUGCCGCGGGUGGGCCCCCACGCGGUGACCCUGGAGACGCCGCAUGUGGAUUUCCUGGACCCGGUGGCCCUGAAAGCGGCCCUGGUGGUGGCCAUGAUCCCCUUCCUGUGGAAUGUCAUCGCCCGGUCCGAGCACCGGACCCGGUGGAUGACGCGGCUGUGCGGCGGCCAUGCGCGCCUCGGGUGCUACCUCCUGGCGCUGGCCAUCUUCACGGCCUCCUCCUACCGGACGACCUUCAUCCAGGAGGCCAUCUCCGCCGGGGCGCGCUGGGCGGUCCUGGACACGCCGCUGGUGCGCAUGGUGGCGGCUGUCAUGUUUGUCUUCGCCAACGUCCUGGUGCUGGCCACGUACGCCCGGCUGGGCAUCACUGGCACCUACCUUGGCGACUACUUCGGCAUCCUGAUGUCCCACCGUGUGGAGGGCUUCCCCUUCACCAUCACCGACAACCCCAUGUACUGGGGCUCUGUGCUGAACUACCUGUCUCUGGCGCUGUGGAACGCCAGCCCUGUGGGUAUUCUCCUGUCGGUUGUCGUGUAUGUCGUGUACUACGUGGCCAUCCAGUUCGAAAACCCGUUCACUGCCAUGAUCUACAACGAGGCCGCCGCCAAGAAGGCCGCCGCCGCCAAGAAGUCCCAGUAG